CUUGCUCUUCUCUGCUCUGGUGAAGUGUAGUAAGAGACAAGGGUUGCUAAAGAUGAUGCAAGAGAUUAAUGUAUGCUGCAAUAAAAAAGCAUUGAGUGAUGGCAUGAUGCUUCAGAUCCGAAGAUAGGAAAAAAAAAUAAAGGCUAUUGUUAAGUCGCCGCCUUCCUUCCGGAUGCAGGGUAUGAGUCAGAAAGCUGAUAAGCCACAUGCUGCAUCCAUAGAACAGAAGGCGUUGGGACCUUGCUAAAAUUGACUCGCAAAAGAACAAGCAACAAGAGACCCACAGGGUUUCUUGCAAGUACCCCUCAUGAUGCAUAUCCCACUAUAAGAGGGCCCUUGCUCAAUCACUGAGCAGGCCCGCACUCAUUGAAAAGAACCACGCAGGGACGCACACAGUCAGAAGCGAUCAAGGGAAGAGGGGAAGAAGAAGCAGGGCAGGCAGCAGGCAUGGAGCCUCAUCACGCAAACAAGCCAAAGCCAAAGCUGAGCAUGAAGCAUUCCAAGUUCAUCUUCUGCAAGCUCUACAUUUCAGAAACCCGCAAUACUAUGGCUAUGGACACAAUCGAGCAUGCAAGCAAGAGUGAUGCUCAGGUUGUUGUCGUCAGCCAGUUAGGAGAUCAUCACUACAACCGCUUCCGCUACACGCUUGUCUCCUACAUCGUCGAUGACAGCUCAACUGGAGAAGUGAUAUAUAGCCCAAUCAGGAAGGUGUUGCUGGCGAUGAUUGAGGCUGCAUUUGCAACCAUAAACCUUGAAUCACAGUCAGGGACGCAUCCAAGGAUCGGUGUCGUCGAUGACUUGUCCUUCCACCCCGUGGGUCAAGCCACAAUUGAGGAUGCUGCUUCUUUGGCUAAGCAGGUAGCAUCUGACAUUGGAAAUGGCUUACAAGUCCCAGUGUUCCUGUAUGCAGCAGCCCACCCAACAGGAAAGUCUGUGGGUGCAAUUCGGCGUGAGCUUGGCUACUACCGUCCAAAUUACAAGGAAAACCAGUGGUUAGGUAGCGUACUCCCUGAUGUUCUGCCAGUUAAGCCUGAUGUGGGUCCAACUCAUGUCUCACAUAAGAGAGGUGCCACAACAGUUGGCGUUACGCCUUGGAUUGAGGGCUACAAUAUCCCAGUACUGUCUAAGGAUGUCCCAGCUGUGAGGAGGAUUACCCGCAGGGUGACUGGACGGAGUGGAGGGCUUCCAACGGUGCAAGCUCUUGCACUCUUCCAUGGAGAUGAUUGCACAGAGAUUGCAUGCUUGUUGGAUCCAGAUCAUGUCAGUGCCUAUCAAGUUCAGACCGUGGUGGAGCAGAUUGCAGGAGAGCAAGGACUUGAAGUUGAGCAGGGGUACUACACUGACAUAACCAAGGAUGCAGCGCUCGAUAAGUAUUUGAAGAUUGCUUGCACUGAUGAUUGAUAAAGCCUGUAUAGACUUUAUGUGGCUGACAUCCUUGUAACCAUCAAUGUCUGAAGUGGGCAUCCAUUGCUGUUUAGUUGUCUAUUGUCAUCUCAACCUGAAUGAAGAACUGAUUCUAUUUUA